UUAGAGAGGGUUAAGUAAAGGAGUUAUGGCUGGAGAAGGAGAUCACUAAUGGGAUGAUAAGAGGGUUCAGUGAAGGAGUUAUGGCCGGUUGAGAUGGUCACUGAGGAGGGUUGUUGCUGAAGAGGAGAAUUCAGUGAGGGGGUGAUGGCUGGAAAGAGAAAUUAAGGGGUUAUAGCUGGUAAGGGGAGUUCAAUGAAGUGUUAUGGUCGGUGUGGGGUGUUCAAUUAAAGGGUUAUGGCUGAAGAGAUGAGCUUCAGGAGGGGGCUCGAGGGUUAUGGUUUGUGCGGGUGGUCAGUAAAAGGGUUAUGGCUGGUGAUGAGAGUUUAGUAAAGGGUUAUGUCUGGACGGGGUUAUGUCUGGACGGGGUUUCUUUAGAUGGGGAUUACGGAGCCUCAAGUCGGAAUUGAGAGCGGAACGGCGGGCUGGGUACAGCUUGAUAUGACUACCUCUGGAAACAUCAGAUACAUGAGAUAAUAGGUAUCUACAGUAACAGGGGACGCGACAUCGGCCAAUCACAGCGCAGCUUGUUGGCAGGUGCCCGCUGGUCGUUAUGGUGACGACUGUAAACGGCCCCACAGGAGUUGAGAACAACAGUGAGAACUUCACAUCACGAAGUCGAUGUACUAAGCCCCUCAGACAUGCCAAGCAGUAUCCAGAGCAAAGUCCAAGCUCCGCGCAACCCCAAGCUGACUAAACAUGAAGAGGCCGCCGUCAUGAUGACCUUAACUCCAUCAGCAUUUCUUCAGGAGAUGUCCUUCACGACAGAGCAGCGAUUAGCCAACACUAGAGAGAUGCAUCCUCCCAGAAUAAUUCAGAUGCUGGAUAUGAGUGAAACCACCCAUCAAAAGUUCUCCUCAGUGGAUGUAGAACAAGCCCUUUUCCAGCCUUUCCCAUCAGAAAUUGUCUACCAGAACUAUAUUCCCUGUGAGACGUAUGAGGUGCCACUUGUCCUAAGGAACAAUGACAAGGUUCCUCGAUUGGUAAAGGUCACUCAGGAGAGUUCACCCUACUUUCAAAUUAUCAGCCCCAAUGAUGUGUGUCACAAAGUGGCUCCGGGCAUGGCAUCAACAUUCCGCAUCCUUUUUACCCCUGAGGAAAAUAAGGAUUAUGUUCAUGAAUUAAUAUGCAUUACUGAACGAGAGAAGUUUGUGGUCCCCGUCCGAGCGAUCGGAGCCCGUGCCGUGCUGGACUUUCCAGAUCAGUUACGUUUUGAAGUCUCCCCUGUCAAGUACAAUACCCAGAAAAUGCUCCUGGUGCGAAACAUUGGAAAUCGUGAAGCUCGAUUUCAGCUUCAGACACAGAGGCCUUUCUAUGUACAGCCAGAGUCUGGAACACUUGAUAUAGGGAACACUAUGCAAGUUAUUUUGGAGUUCCAGCCCCUGGAGGUCGGAGAUCACAAACAGGAGCUUAUGAUCCAUUAUGACACAGGUGAAGAUGUAUGCGUAGACCUGUAUGGAGCUGCUGCCGACAUGAACGUGCGACUAGACAAAAAUUCACUUACUAUUGAGAAGACCUUCCUGUCUUUAGCCAACCAGAGGACAGUCACUAUUUUUAAUCGCAGUGACAUCAUUGUUCACUUCCAGUGGAAAGAGUUUGCUUCUCAGCAGGAGGAGGAACGUCAGAAGCAAAGAUUCUUCUCUGAUCUGGUUAUUGAGGAAGAAGAAGAGACCGACCGAUUCUUGGAUGAAUGUAAGGCAGAUCCUUGUCUCCGUGAACGGCUCUCGCUCCUCAGCCGCACCUUUCACUACCGCCGAAAAGUAGCCGAUAGCAAUGCCAUGUUAUUUACAGAUACAGUGUUUCAAAUAGAGCCUGUGGAGGGGGAUGUUUGGCCUAACUCUUCACUGCAAAUUACUGUACUCUUUAAACCUCAGGCCGCAAAGGUUUACCAGCGAACGGUCUACUGUGAUAUCACAGGUCGAGAAACAAGAUUACCCCUGAGGAUUCGUGGAGAGGGUCUGGGGCCAAAACUCUGCUUCACCUUUAAUGAGUUAGACAUUGGAAAGGUGUUUGUGGGGUCUACACACAACUAUGAGGUCAUCCUGACAAACCAAGGUGCCAUUGAUGGGAUAUUCAGUCUGGCUCCUCAAACAUCGGCUCUGGCUUCCUGCUUCACCUUUACUCCCAGUGAGGGGAUUAUCCUACCUGAUGGAAACCAGGCUGUCCAGAUCUCUCUCUCUUGUAACAUUUUGGGAGAGUUCAGGGAGAACUUUAACUUCAAUGUGGAUGGCAGUCCUAAUGAUGUUGUAUUAACAAUAAGGGGCUGCAUCAUCGGACCCACCUUCCAUUUUAGCGUGCCAGCCUUACACUUUGGGGAUGUUUCUUUUGGAUUUCCACAAACUCUCUCAUGUUCUCUCAGUAACACAUCUCUGGUUCCCAUGAGCUUCAGUCUGCGGGUCCCUGGCGAUGGGACUGGUGAUCUGAGCAUCACCAGUCACACUUACAUCGAAGAAGACAGAGCAGCAUCUUGGAGAAGACUAAAUAAUGGAGGUUGGAGACCUUGUGAAUUCACUAUUACACCCUCCAAAGGAACCAUUCGAUCCCAGGGCCUCCUAGACAUUGAGGUUACCCUGUGCUCCAACAGCUUAAAGAAGUAUGAGCUGGCAUUAGUGGUGGAUGUGGAUGGUAUUGGAGAGGAGGUUUUGGCUUUACCAAUUACUGCCAGGUGUGUGGUGCCACCAUUGUUUAUAGAGAACAUAGCCAUUACAUAUAACCGGUGUUUCCUGCAGUUCCCGUACGAACGGACCAUAACACUGCACAACCCCAGCAACCUUAGGGGAUGUUACACAUUCCUGCCACAGGAGUCAGAUUCAUCCUCUGAUAUCCUGUAUGACAGCCCAAAGCCACGUGGAAUCAUCGAAGCACAUAGCAGUGUGGAUGUACCUAUUGUGCUAAAAGCCCAGAGUACUGGGGAGCGAAGUGUCAAGGCUUAUUUUGCUGUAUAUGGAAGCACCCAGCCCCCAUUGGAAGUUCGGCUGCUGUGCAUCGGGGAGGGGCCUGUGGUCCAUGUAGAUCCUAGUGAGGUGAAUUUUGGUGAUAUCCCAGUUCUUACCAACGUUUCAAGAAUAAUCCGUCUGUGCAACCAGUCCUUAAUCUCUGCUCCCUUCCAGGCUAGCAUGAUGCGGAAACGGUCACUUUGGUGGGUAGAGCCAAGCUGUGGUGAGGUUCCUCCAGAAGGAGAAGUCCAUCUUACAGUUGUGGCAUGUCUAGAUGAUACAGUGACGUUCAAAGACACAAUGCAACUGAUUAUUACGUAUAGCAACACCUAUCUAAUCCCAGUGCAUGCUACUGGCACAGGAACCACUAUAGUCACCGACAGGACAUUUGCACCAGUGCUGAAUCUGGGGGCCCAUUUCAGUGCUGGUCCCUGUCGCUAUCAUUUCACAAUGACAAAUCGUGGUCGCCGCACUCACCAGUUGUAUUGGAUGACCGAGGGAUUCCCUCAGUUCCGCAAACGGCAACAACUUCCUAGCCUUAAACCUGGGGUCCCUCAACCUGACCCACAGGACCCAGUGUUCCGACUUGUCCCAUCACGCAUGGAGUUGAAUCCUGGACAGAGCAUUGAUGUUGUUUUGGAAGGAUCAUCAGUCAAUCCAAAGCUGGUGAAGGAGCGCCUGGUGGGACAGGCUAUUAUAGGGAAACAGUCUGGGAAGGAAAAAAUCCUGACGGUUGAUGUCAUCUGUGAAUUCAUAGCUCCUGUUCUUCACCUGUCUAUGCAGAGUAUACACUUCUAUGUAGAGAAGCAUCCAGAAGAAGACCUGAAGGAAAAAUACAAGUCUGUGAUCCUGAAAAACAUUUCCUCAUUGCCACUGACAGUUCUCCUUUCCUUAAACCCUCCGUUCUUCCUCUGCUACAGGGAUACUUUCCAGGAGCAGGAUGAGCAGAAUCCCCUGCACCUUGACACUGGUGAGGAAGUGGAGCUGACCAUCAGAUUUGAUCCAACUUUCAUUGAUGAUCUGCAGAGCCGAGUACUGGAAGAGGUUCUGACCAUCCAAUACGCUGAACACCCUCAUAAAGAUUACAUCACCCUGCAGGCUGAAGUGUACUUCCCAAACCUUCACUUUCCUUAUAGUCAGAUCCACUUUGGCUGCAUUCUCAAUGACACAGAGAGCACCCGAGAGCUGGAGGUGACCAAUUGUAGCCCGCUGCCUGUACAGUACCACUGGUCCUUUGUGAUGGAGCAUGAGAUCAGGCUCAAUGGAGAAUUAAAGAGUCCAGGAGACAGUCCUCAAAAGGCUUGUGGAACCUUUGGAGAAGGCUUUAAUUCAGCUGAUUGGCCAGAUGAACCGCACACAUCAGAAGUGGCUAUCCCUGGUGAAGAUGCCUUUACCCAGACCCCGGAUUUAGAGCAUAAGGCUAUGGAACCUAGCACUAGAGAUGGUGUAAUUGUGGCAGAAGAGCAUGUGAUAACUGGAGUAGAGGAGAUUUUUGAUAUUCUGCCUCAGUUUGGGACUCUGCAGCCAGGAGAGAGUCAGAUUGUCUCCUUUACAUUCUAUGGACACACAGACAUUAACGCUGGAGCAAGGGCUUUGUGUGAAGUCUAUGGGGGUCCCGUGUAUGAGGUCAGCCUGCAUGGUGAGGCCUCGCUUGUGAGCUACAAUUUAACUUCGAGAGAAAUCGACUGUGGAGUACAGAUGUUUGACCAAGUAUACAACACACAGAUUGUCCUCAGGAACACAGGAAAGGUCAGUUUUCCAUUUACUGUGAAGAACCAAAGAUCACAGAAACCUCCAUACACUGGGGAGCCACAGAUCCAUCCUUCAAGUGGUCUUAUUCCUGCCGGAGGAGAAGAGGUUCUGAAAGUUUCCUUUUUCCCUGGAGUCCCUGAAAAUUUUCAGCGCUUCAUUUACGUGCAAGUGGCUCAUAUGGAUCCAGAGAUCAUUGCCUUGAGAGGAGAGGGAGCGUUCCCCCGCAUCUGCCUGGAUCUUCCUCGUAACAUCAAUGGAUUUGAUAGAUUUGAGCCUUACAUGACUGCAGCUCAAGAGAAUUUAAGAGGAGGAGAAAUGGGCUCAUGGGAUGCCACUGAUACGCUGAUGAUGAUGGAGGUGGAGCGUCUACUGAUAAAGAAGCAUGCAGAGGAUGAGCUUAAUAUAGGAGUAACUGGGGAGGGUACCCAGAAAAAACGAUCUCAGCUGCUAAAGGCAGAUCUCCCAGAGUACUUGCUAGAUUUUGGAUACGUCAUCAUUGGAGAUGUCCGUUCACAUGUUAUUAAAAUCACCAACACUGGAUAUUUUCCAGUCUCUUUCCGAGCAGACCGGCGUGGUCUAGCAGGCACAGGGUUCUCAGUGGAGUUAGAUCGUGUCAAGAAUCUGCCAUGCUAUCAAACUGAGAUAUUCCAGGUCAAGUUUGAUCCUCAGGGGGCCAAUUGCAGUCUGGGACCAGUUGAUGCGAUGAUGUAUAUUCAGGUGAGUGGAGGCCCUAGGUUUCCUGUCCAUCUGCGGGCCCUGGUGACAAUGCCAUCGGUAUGUGUUUCGGAUGAGAGGGUGGAGUUUACUCCUGUGCAGUGUGGCCAAUGUCAAAUCCGCACAAUUCAACUAUUCAACCAGUUUCCUGUAUCUUGUGAGUGGACAGUGAUGUCCCAAGAAGCUGAAGUCAAGAUAGACAAACACCUUCCCAUGCACCUCCGUAAGAAGCUGAGGCAGGAAGCAAAGCCUAAAGCCGCCAUUUUUGAGAUGAUCCCAGCACGUGACCUUUUGCUUCCUGGCCAAAAGAAGAAUGUAGAGAUAAAGUUUAUGCCACAAGAAGAGAAGCUGUACAUUCAGCGCUUGGUCCUUCAGGUCAUGCAGAGUAGCCAAAGAGUGAUGUUACUAGUACAAGGCCAAGGCUUGGAGCCACGUCUAGAAUUCACCCCUAGUGUACUAGAGCUGGGUCCAAUCUUGCCAUUCAGCCCAGGUGAUGAUGUAGAGGUUUUGGUGAGAAAUCCUUGCAGCUUUCCUGUUGAAUUCUACUCCCUGGAGAUGGACAAGCAAUACUUGGAGGAGGAAAAGAUUUUGCGGAUACUGAAAGGCUAUGAUGCUCAAAACACUCUGCUGCUUCCACCACGCUCACCUGGAGAGAAGCUCCCUUCUGAAAUCUUAGACUACUAUGAAGAGAAAAGACAGCUGCAGGAUGAACAGGAGAGAGAGCACAGGGCAAAGGUCCCUGUCUCAGGUGCUGUGGAGGAAGCAGGGAAUGAACUGGUGUCAGAUGGUAUGAGGGAUGAGAAAGCAGCGCUUCCUCCAGUCCAUCGAAUCCCAUCUACCACAAGUUAUGGAGAGGGCCGUUCUUCUACUGGUGAAGCUGAGGAAGAUAAGGGAGCAGUGCCAGGUGAAAAGAUCUGCAGUGAUGAUGGUAACAGCAAGGGUGUGGGUGAAUUGGAAAACAAUCCUGUGUCCUUAGCUGUGGCUCGAUACAUGGGGAUCGACACCAGCAGUGAGGGCCAAGCAGCAAGAAAUCGCUGCGGCAUCACUAUCAUUACACAUGGAGCCCCCCUUUCUGGCAAGAGUUCUGUGGCAGUGGCAUUGGCUCAACAUUAUAAUGUUGCCUGUCUGUCAAUUGACUCGGUGGUCCUAGAAGCCAUCUCUGAUGAGAGCAGUGGUACUGGUCUAAGAGCACGACAACUGUGUGCUAAGGCUGCACUCAAUCUGGCCCUACGUGAGUCUGAUGAAGCAGGCUCCCAGAUGGUUGAUGCCCCUAGCACUCAACCUGGAUUAAGUGUUGAAGCGCUUGCUAGACACACAGCAGAGGGAGGACAAGCAGCAGAGCCUAGAGUUGCCCCUCCGUCUGUUAUCUCCCGGGGAAACCGAGGAAGUUUGCUUGCAGCAAAGGGCAAAUCAGAGUCUCACCAAAUCUCAGGAUUGAAGCAGCAGCUACUGUCUGAGCAGGCAGCUUCACAGUCCGGCUCUCCUCUGACAGGUCCAGCACAGCAACGUCUGAGUGUGAGUGCAAGUGUGGGCGGUGAACUUGGACUAAUGAGCUGUGUUCUACCUGAGGACCUACUUCUGGAAAUCCUUUGUGACAGACUCCAGUUAAACGACUGCUUCCGUGGUGUGGUGUUUGACGGCCUUGAUACCUUGUUUGCCCGCAGCAUGUCUUCUGCACUCUAUAUUGUCCUAAAGGCUCUGAAUAAUCGUCAGCAUAUAUAUUUUAUCAAUCUGCAGCAGGAUCAUGCUACAAUGAAAGCUCAGAACAAUGCACAGAAGCAGAAGGAAGAACAGGAGCAACUGCAGAUGCAGGCCCAUGAGAAAGCCAGCAUGGAGGAAAUGGAUGAGGAGGAAUAUGAUCAGUUGCCCACUGAGGAAAAAGCACGUAUUGAUGGACUGCGUCUCAGGAACUUGAAGGAACGUAAGAAAAGGGAGCUAGCAGAAAGAAUCGCCAGAGAGGAGCAUGAACGGAAGCUGCAGGAAGAGCUCCUAAAGCAAAGAGAGGAAGAGGAACAAAAAAAGAAGUACAAAAGAGGAAAGAGCCGGGAUUCUGAUAAAGAGGGAAAGAAGAGUCAAAUUGGGAACAAACAGGCCCCAGGUCUGCUUACUGUGAAGUCUGAACAACGAUUGGACUCUGGAACUGAACGAAAAGUUUCACUGAAUAGAUCAGAUUCUGUUGUAAAUGAGUGGGAUGAAAGUAGAAAAAAGAAAAACCGAGACCUUUCCUAUCCCCAGCAUGUAAGUGUCCAGGAAGACCCUGACAAAGACUCUGUAAGUGAGAGUGAGAAGCAGCUGUUUCAGAAGUUUAAGGCCUAUGAGUCCUCUCAAAAAGAGAUCCUACACAUCCUAACAUUCUGGGACCGCGUACAGGGAGUUCUGGUACCAUUUCCCACUGCAGAAGAUAGACAACCUGAAGGGGAGGACCAGGCACCCGAGCGGCAGGCACCCUCUGGUAAAAGGUAUCGCAAAGACCGUGACCGAGAACGCCAGGAGAAACUGGAGAGAGAGAAAGCAGACAAAGAAAGAAUAGAGAAGGAAAGAGUGGAUAAAGAGCGUCUGGACAAGCAAAAAGCCACAGAGGAUGAAGCAGGUGUCCAUCUAGGGCGAGAGAAAGAAGGUCAAGAAAACCAGGAGGAUCUAAAGAUAGAUGUGGGGAUCCCACACUAUGACCUCCAAGUGUCUGGAGAUCCUGGAAACAGUGAAAAGAUUAUUUUGCAGAGCAACUUUUUACCAUCAGUAGAAGAGGUACUCGAAGGACUUGGACUUGGCCCGUCUGGUCCACCUAUUCCACUACCUUACAUCUUUUCAGUCAUUGUCUUCCCUGAAAGAAGGAUUUUGUCUACUGACCCAGAAACACUUAGCCACUUCACCUUCAUUGCAGCUUCCCCUGAUGAUCCCAAUGUGAUAACUGAAGAUAAAAAGGAUCCAGAACCUGAACAAGAGCCUGUGCUUACUAUCCCCAUGCUUAAAGAAGAACAACUGACGCCUACAAAGAGCCGAAGCAAGAAAGAUAAAACGGUGGACACGGGCCGUGAAAGCCAGAAAGAAAAACGCCGCUCCUCCUCUCUUCGCAAGGCACAACAGAACCUGGAUAGCCAUUCUCCCCCACCUGGCCCCAAAACGCCUCUCUCAGAUAUGGAUCAUAGCAGUGUAACAGGAGAAGCCCAGCCAGAGAAGUUACCUCGGCUCAGGAUAUUCCGAUGGGUGGUACCAGCAGGUGGGGAAGUGCCUCUGCGCAUUCAUUUUCACUCAAACACUACUGGUAACUUUGAUCAAACCCUGAACUUUGAACUUGUUGGAACCGGCCGUAGAUACCAGCUUUACUGCCGUGGAGUGUGCGCCUUCCCUACCAUAAGUAAAGACCCUAAGGUUGUCUUUCCAAAUCGCAAAAAGGAAAUCCAGAACAAUGAGAUUAUUCACAAGAAAUUCAUCCUCAGCUCCAGCACCUUUGACUUUGGACCUCUGCUGUGUGGUAAAAGUCGAGAGAAGUAUAAAGCUGGACAAUAUCCAGAGAAUAUGGAGAAAGUGACCAUCUGCAAUGUCUCUCCUCUGGAGUCUGAGGUCACAUUCUGCUUUCAGUAUGACAUGAAAGCUGUGACCUUCAUCCUGGACCCCCCAACCAUGUGCCUGAAGUCAAAUGAGAAGCGGGAACUCUCCAUAUGGGCUUAUCCAACUGCUCCUGGGGUGUUUGAAGAUAAUAUUGUGUGCUGUAUUAAAGAAAAUCCUGAGCCAGUCAUAUUCCAUGUGUGCUGCAGAGGUGUGCGCCCGGAGCUGGAACUAGACAGAAAGCAGGUUCACUUUGAGAAGAUGCUGCUACAUCGGAAGGACACCAAAACAAUCUUCCUCAGGAACAGCACUUUCUUACCGGCUGCCUGGAGAGUGACGGGUCUGGAGAACCUGGGGGAUGAUUUCUCAGUGUCUCAGGACCAGGGAAUUGUGGCACCUUGCUCUGAGUAUGGUUUACAGCUUCACUUCAAGGCAGCCAAAGCCACCAACAUUAAGAAGUUCAUCCGUCUAGAGGUUUCUGAUGUUGAGAACAUCUUGGGAAUAGUGCAGCUUGAGAACAUUCAUAUAUUUGCAGAGUCUUAUGAUGUGGCUCUAGAUAUCAGCUUCCCUAAAGGUACAGAUGGAGGCCUGGACUUUGGAGUGGUGAAGGUCUUAGAAGAAACUAAACAUACCCUUUCUAUGAAGAACAAGGGGAAAUAUGAAAUUGGCUUCAGUUUCUCCUUGGAAGCCUCCACCCCAGGAAUGUCUGACCUAAAGUCCAUCUUCUCCAUCCUACCACAGAAAGGGACCUUGAGCCCCAGUGACCGAGCCACCCAGGUUCAGAUUGUGUUUCAGGCCAAGAAAGAAGUGCAAAUUAUGGAUAAACCUAUCCUGAAAUGCCAGGUUAUUGAACCCAGCCUUUCAGAUGGUGGUGAGACAAUAGCAAGUAUCCCAAUCCGUGUGUCUGUCUCCUCAGUCUUCACCAAAUACCGCCUCUCCCCAUCCUCAGACAUUAACUUUGGAGCCAUGUUGCUUAACAUUCGCAAGAUUUGUUCAUUCACUCUGCAGAACUGUGGUCUGCUUGAGUUUCGGUUCAACAUCAGCAAGAUGAUCCGUGAGGUGAUGAUUCAGCCAGCCAAGAAGGGGCCAUCCCAUGGAAUAAAGCGAGCUCGUUCCCGGGAGGGCUCAGGAUCCAGUAGAUCAGUCGCUGUGACCAAACCAAAGCGUGCAGAUUCCCAGAUGAGAGACAAUAGUAUUUCUGGGCAGGCUCGCUUUACACUUGGCAUGUUUACUGUAUCACCCGGCUUUGGAACCAUUCCUCCUGGGGGUCAGCAGAUCAUCAAUGUAGAGUGUUUAGCUGACCAGUUAGGAAAAAGCGAAGAAUUUCUAGCUCUAGAUAUUUCUGAUCGACACCCAGAAGACCAACCUAAUGGAAUUCCUUUGCGCCUCAUCAGUGAAGUUUGCACUCCAGGAUUUGUCACAGAUGACAUUGGCAGUAUAUUUGAAGAACACCGCAUUGUAGGGGAUGCCAGAAUCUUGCAGUGUCUGCCGCCUCUCCCAUCUGGUGGAAUCUAUCUGCAUGAAGAGAAUAGAUUCUUAUUCUGGAAUGUGUUGGUGGGACAAACAUCCACUGCUCGCUUCAAGAUUAUCAAUUCUGGAAAAGUUCCCUGUGAUGUGGCUUUCACAGUCAAACCAAUGUCAGCAAAGUCUUCAGCUCGAAUCUCUGACAUCUUUGAAGUCCAGCCACAACGAAUGAGUAUUCCAAGUCAUAGUCACAGCUAUGCAAGUGUCUCUUUUACUCCGCAGAGCAUGCAGACCUACCAUUGUUCUUUCGAAGCUAGUGUUGAAGGGAUUUCCAGUGUGCUUUCUAAAUCACGCAAUUUGACCUUUGACAUCAGCGGAGAGGGCAACCUUCCUCGUGUUACCAUUGUGCGACCAGCAUUGUGCAACAAGCGUGGAAAUCCAGUUCUGCUUUUUCAAAGACUUCUGAUUGGUCAGAGCCAACAACUGCCUCUUGUCUUAAAAAAUGAGGGCUCUGUGCCUGCAAAGCUGAAUAUUGAUUUGGAAGAAGAAGGAUUGGCAUUUAAUGUAAAGCCAAAACCGAAUACUCACUGCAUCUACCCAGCCUGGACAGAGACAGGACAGCUCGAGCAGUUUGGAGCAGGGCACCGUGCUCACACUGCGUCUCUGAUCCUGCAUCCUGGGGAGACUGCAGAGUUCAUAGUGGUGUUCUGCCCCCCUGAGCCUCAGCACUUUGGGAGUGCUCUGCUCUUGUCUGUGCUGGAUAAUCAGUAUGAAAAAAACUGUGUGCAACUUGUGGGAGAGGGUUAUAAAGAAGACCUGACCCUAGAUAACAUCCACAGCCCUGGAGAGCUAAUUGCUCUAGACAGACAGCUUGAAGACGAUUUAGUGGAAGCUGCCCGUACCGAGCACAUUGCUUUUGGUGAUUGCCACAUAGGACAUCAAUACCAAGUGACCUUUACCAUGACAAACCGCAGCCAAACAGACGUUAUGAGGUUUCAGUGGCCAUCAGAAACCUCUCUGGAAUUUUCCCCUCAGAUAGGACACAUUCAUGCUAGCUGUGCCAAAGAUGUGACUGUCACCCUAAAGUCAGAUGUUGCUGUGACAUUUAAUAAGUAUCAAGUGAAGUGCAAGGUGUCCCGGAUCUCCUUCCCGCAUCCUCUUGAUCAAGUGGCUGACUGGGAUGACAGAAUGAGGACCGUGACGUGGGUGGACAGCGGUAAAGGAGCAGCCGGCAAGCAUUCCAAAAAAAAGGUAAUUGAGACUGAUCCAGAGCCUUCUCACAUGGUUCUCGAUGAGGAGGUACGAGAGGUGGAACUGCUGAUUAGCGCUACUGUGGAUUAUGCUUGGUACAAAGCCAAUUGUGAGGCUGUGCACUUCAGGGACACUCUACUGUAUCAGACACGUGUGUACAAGUUCCUCAUGCAAAACACUGGCACAGUCCAGCUACAGUUCCUCUGGCAUGUACAAAUGAAAAGAGACAGGAAACCAGAACGAGCAGACACAGGAGAGCCCCUUGGCAGUGAAUGCAACUCCUCCACCAACAGUCGUCCAUCCAGUGUCCUAGAAAGUGUUUCCUCACUGCAGCCUGUGGGAGCGGAAGCCUUUCAGUUAAGCGUGCAGCCUCAAAGCGGCAUUAUCCCGGCUGGGGAGAAGCUUGAGUUUCUUAUUAAGUUUUCUCCUACAGAAGUUGGAGAGUUUGAAGGUCGACUGAUCUGCAGCAUCCCUAACUUGUCCCCUGGUGAGCAGGAGCCAGUGCUGCUAGUGACGGGACGCAGUCUUCUACCUUAUUGUCACUUCCAGCUAGAAGAUUCAGACUACAUUACUAGUGGAAGACGGAACCCAGAGCUAUGUGGACCCUGUGGGGCCCCCUCAGGAACAACCUUGGACCCAAACACACGGGUUGUUGAGUUCACUUCUGUGGGUGUGAGGAAUAAAAACAUCAGGACCUUUAACAUUGUUAAUCCCACUAAAGAUAUCUAUUCCUUCCUGUGGAUCUGUGAAGACCUCCCAAGUCUUCAGAGUCCUCCAGCCUUCCACUGCUUGAAUCAACAAGGAGUCAUCCAAGCUGAAAAGAAAGUUGAGAUCAGCUUUGAGUUCAUCCCUCAAGUAUUGGAUAUCACUGAAUCUUUCUGGACAUUCUCGAUACCAGAGCAGAACAUCUCAGUCCCAUUUCUGUUUGUUGGUAAAGCCCUGGAACCCUCAAUAUCUUUGGACAGGUCACAUCUGAAUUUCCGAUCUCUGCUAAUAGGGAAAGAGGUGCAGGAAUCCAUCUGUCUAAUCAAUAAUGAAAAGAAAUCCUUCAACUUUGCUAUCCGUGACAGUUCUCGAUUUUCAGAGGGCUGCAGUCAUUUCUUGACUGUAAGACCUAUGGGAGGAACAGUCCCUCCUCAGAGCAGGGCCCCCAUUUGUGUUUACUUCAAGCCAUCCACAGUUGGUGAGGUCAAUUUCAACCUGAUUUGUGAUGUGAAAACCAAAACAGAGCCCCUCUACCUGAAUGUAAAAGCAGUUGGUCACUCAAUCCAAGUGUCUGUUCAGUGCCAAGACAACAUGGGCACUGUCACCCCCCUGUCUGCUCAGGAAACAAAAGAGCUUGACUUUGGGCAGGUGGAUAUUAAUGAUAGCUCCACUUUCCAGUUCAACAUCAUGAAUAAUGGACAGUUCUCCUUUAAUUAUUCCUAUGUUCUGACCAUCCCUCGGGGGCUACAGGAAUUUCUGAGUAUUUCCCCAAGUAGUGCAUGUGUGGCCCCCGGACAACAAACUCAAGCAUCUCUCAUCUUCUGUCCAACCAAGAAAUGUACAGUAAAAGAUGCACUGCUGACUCUUAAGAUAGAGAAUGGACCAGACAUAACAUGCCCCCUUCGUGGCAGUGCUAUCCAGCCAGGUGUCCACUUCUCUUUCAAAGAACACAACUUUGGCCACUGUUUCAUCUACCAUGCUGGUAUGCAGCCUGUUCGAAAAACCUUGGUCAUCACAAAUAAAGACAACAGGGCAAUUAGCAUUGACUGCCUGUACAGUAAUACAGCUCACAUAGAACUCAACUUCUGCUCAGAUGUUCUUUCCCCUGGUGACAAGAUGGAGGUUCCAAUCACCUUCUAUCCCCGCGCAGCCAUCUUGUAUCAAGAAACUGUUGUCUUUAAAAUGAAUGGCCAUUCCAUGCAGCUCGUUCAACUCCAGGGUCACGGGAUCGAAAUGAAGAUUGAAGUGGCUGAUCCCAAAUAUAAAGUUAUCAACUUUGGAGCUGUUAACAUUGGUCAAACUGUGAAAAGGGUUAUCCCCAUUGUGAAUAAGAGCCUUUCACCUGUAACUUGCUCUCUGCACUUUAGCCCGAGUGUCCCUGCAUUGCAAGAACCCAAGGUCCUAAGUCUUUCCCCCAAUUGUGAGGUAACACUUUCUGCCCAUAAUGGGCUGUGUAAGCUGGAAAUGCAGUUUACCCCUCGGAGUAGGAUUGCCCCAUUUGCUGAAGAGGUGAUGCUGGGGUGCUAUGGCAUGAUGCAUUCACUCUUUGUGGUUCAAGGCUGCAGCCAGGGCCUAGAACUCAACUUGGACCAGGAGUAUAUGUCCUUCGGGGCUGUGGUGCUGCAUAGCCAAGCAACUCGUAGGGUUGUCCUAAAUAACACAGGAGAGCUGGGAAUCAGGUUUGAGUGGGAUAUAAAAAGGUUUGAACCAGACUUCUCCAUUUGGCCGACGUCUGGUUACAUCACGGCUGGCACAGAGGUCACAUUUGAUGUUGUCUUUCACCCCACUGAAAUUAACUCUGACAUUCACUAUGAGGACCUGCUCUGCUUCAUUGAAGGAGGCAAAACAUUAAAACUGACACUUUCAGGAUCCUGUAUCGGGCUCCCAUCCACAAAGGAGGUUGUCAACUUUCAGUGUCAAGUGCGAACUAAACAGACACAAACCAUUACUUUGAGCAACAAAACAAACCAGACAUGGCAUUUGCAACCAGUCAUUGAUGGAGAGCACUGGAGUGGAGUGGAGUUCAUCACUGUGGAGGCUCAGCAGAAUAAGCCCUAUGAGAUCACCUAUCAUCCGCUCAUCAUGAGCCUUGAGGGCAGGAAACAUCAGGGCUCAAUCUUCUUCCCAAUGCCGGAUGGGACAGGAUUACUGUAUCUCCUGCACGGUCAGGCUGAACCUCCUAAAUCCUCUGGUAAUGUGAUCAGAGAGGUCCCAUGCAAAACAUCAUACACUGAACUGCUGACAGUCAGUAACUGGCUGCACAAAACUCAAAGGUUUCGUGCUAUUAUUGAUAUCCUGAAGCCAGAACGUCUGGACAGUGCUACCACUAUCAAGGGUCUGGACUAUGUGGAGGUGCCAGGAGGAGCCAAGAGAGACUACAAAUUAAAUUUCCACUCUCACAAAGAGGGCAACUUUUCAACUAAGGUGACCUUCCGUAAUGAGACAACACAAGAAUACAUGUUCUAUUACGUUACAUUUAAAGCCACUCCCCCUGGCAUCAUCAGCACCAUAGAACUAGUGACACCGGUGCGCCAGAGUACUGCAGCCACCCUGCGUGUGGAGAAUCCAUUGUCUGUGCCAGUCACCUUCACCACAGACUGCAAAGUGCCAGAAAUUAACCUUCCCCCACAGAUCACGGUGCCGGCCCAGUCUGAGGGCACCUUGAUGUUCGAGUACCAGCCUCUGAAAGUAGGAGAUUCCACAGGAAAGCUGGCACUACAAAGCAACGACCUGGGCUUAUUCCAGUAUGAUCUUCUACUGAAAGCUACAGCUGCAGUUUCUGAGAAGCCACUUUACUUCCGCACAACCCUGGGUUCAAGUCAGACACUGAGUGCCAGGUUCAUGAAUUACACUCGCCAGAAGACUGAAUACAGCUGUAAGGUUGAUAAUUCAGAUUUCCAUGUAGACAAGGUGGUGAUGGCAGCUCCUGGUUCUCAGGGUGGAUCAGAGGUCAGUGUGGAGGUGACAUAUGAACCAGUGCAGCUUGGAGGAUCCCACACUGUGCUGCACAUCUCUUCACCCCUAGGGGGUGAAUACACCAUCCCACUCUUUGGCUCUGCGUUGGCCCCUAAACCGCAAGGACCUAUACAAAUUCGUGCUGGUUCCAGUGUUUCCAUUCCCUUUAAGAAUGUUUUCUUGCAGCCCACAACCUUUAGCUUUCAGACUGACCCAGCAGCAUUUGUUGUGAAGCCCUGUGAGCCUGUGCGUCCCAAGAAAACCCACUACAUAUCUGUAUCAUAUGAAGCCCCUCAUGGAGGCAGCAGGACUCCUGUGACUGGAAAACUGGUUGUUUCUUGUCCUCGUGCCGCAGGCAGUGCACAGGGAAUUUACUGGGUGUAUUACCUGAAGGGCGUCCCAUCUGAGAAGUGACACCAGAUUCUGUUUAAGAACCAUUGAGUGAUUGUGCCUCAUCCCUUUCCUGCUGCUCUAUGUACCAAAUCUUGUAGGGUUUUGGAGGCCUUGUCAAUUAAUGUUUAUUGUAUCAAUACAGUAGUAAAAGUUUUGUCAGCUGUCUGAUCCUAUCAUUCAUCACUCCGAGACAGAUUUUGUGUGUACUGAAAAAUGAAGAAAUCAUGGCUUGUACAUUAGGAUGACUGCGCUGAUCUCAAUAAACAU